GUAAACGAGUAAAGAAAAAAACACAUUUUCUGUGCAAUAAUAAUAAAAAAAAGUGAAGCAAGGCACUUCUAGAAAAAUCUUUGGAAACUUGCGAAAUUUUAAACAUUUUUCGCCGCCGCCGCCGAUUAGAUAAUAAUUUUGCGACCGAAUUAAAUUAUUCGGAAAUAAUCCAAAAAAUAAAUUUUCAGGAUUGCAAUCAGUGUUUAUCUGACUGUCGAAACGCAAGGAGCCAGAAAAGCCAGAAAUUUACAUCCCGGUGUUUCGUCUAAUCAGCUAAGAGUUUAAGAGAGAAAGAGAGAGAGAGAGAGAAAGAUAAAACUUCCCAAGUGUUCCAUUUAUUAAAAAAACAUCAAAAAAAGGUUAAAAAGUGAUAAAAAUCUCAAAAGUGAAUCAAGUGAAGAUUUUUUUUCUUAUCAGUAAUUAAAAAAAAAUUAUUAAAACGUCAUCGACAUACGGAAAAAAAUUAUAAAAAAAAUAUAAUUCAAAAAAUUAAACAUUACAUAACCUCAAAAUCGGUAAAAUUUUAUCUGUAAUACUCUCACGUACACGCGUAUGUCACAGAACUUGAGAGAUAUAAGCGCCAAGAUAUUUCAGUAAGAAGGAGCAUACCAUUGAAACGAGAGACAACACGAGAUACACUAAUUAUUCCUAUAUUUAUGACGAUCAACUUAAAAAAAGGGAAAGUUUGAUGAUCUAAAAAAACGAUAAAAAAAAAGUGCAUUAAAGUGACAUUGUUGUUGUUAUAUCACACAAAAUAUCAACAAAAACAACGAAAAAAAAGUAAAAAAAAAAUAACGAGAAGGGAGUAAAAAGUGAGAAUUACUAAAAAAUUAAUCAAGUAGGAUAAAACAAAACAAAAACACACAAAAAUGGCCUUAAUCAUGAAAUACAUAGACAGAAUGCACCAUUAUAUGGACACAUAUGGAGAUCCCCGAACCAAAGACUGGCCAUUAAUGUCGUCACCAUUCCCCACAUUAGCGAUCUGCUUAACCUAUGUAUAUAUUGUUAAAGUAUUGGGCCCUCGACUUAUGGAAAAUCGAAAGCCAUUCCAGCUAAAAAACACAUUAAUAGUUUAUAAUUUCCUCCAAGUUGUCUUUAGUUCAUGGUUAUUUUAUGAGAUAGGAACUUCCGGUUGGUUAACCGGCCGUUAUAGUUAUCGAUGUCAACCAGUUGAUUAUAGUAAUCACCCUAAAACAUUGAGGAUGGUGCACGCUUGCUGGUGGUAUUACUUCUCGAAAUUCACUGAGUUCUUCGACACAAUUUUCUUCGUUAUGCGGAAAAAGACAAGUCAGGUAUCGACACUUCACGUCAUUCAUCACGGAUGCAUGCCAAUGUCCGUAUGGUUUGGAGUUAAAUUCACCCCAGGCGGUCACAGCACAUUCUUCGGUCUCUUGAACACAUUUGUACACAUUGUUAUGUAUAGUUAUUAUCUAUUCGCUGCCAUGGGUCCCCAAUUCCAAAAGUAUUUAUGGUGGAAAAAGUAUUUGACAUCAUUGCAAAUGGUGCAAUUCAUUUUGAUCAUGCUCCACGCUUUCCAACUUCUCUUCAUCGACUGCAACUAUCCCCGUGCAUUUGUUUGGUGGAUUGGCAUGCACGCCGUCAUGUUCUUCUUCUUGUUCAACGAAUUCUACAAAGAAACCUACAAAAAGAGACUUGCGUACCUUGAACACCAAAAAUCAUUACGAAAUGGAACGAAUGUCGCAGCAUCUGGACAGAAUAACUCGAAAAAUCUCACAAACGGUAUGCACAAGUCGUCAUGCUUCCCGGAUCAGAACGUCAACGAGCAAAAGAACGGACACAUCACGCAAAAUGGGCACAACAAGGCGUCCGACUACUACGUCAAGGGUGAUGUACCUGCCGAACUGACACAACGAAAGGUCAAGUGAGGAAAGCGGGAUUGUCGAACAACCAACAACAACAAUAAUAGUUAUAAAUAAGGCAGAAAAACGAAAAAAAAAUUAUGUUAAGAUUGAUUAUUAUUAUAAAUAUUAGCAGCACUGUGUAACUUAUAUAAAGAAAAAAAAAUAUUAUAUAGGGUAACAAAAAAAAAGUGUUUUGUGGAUAAAAAAGUAAAAAAAUCAAUGAACAAUCAAUCAAUUUAAAUUAAAAUACGUAUGAAGGAAAAAAGCAUAAAAAUAAUGAUGAAUAGGUACAAAGAACUGCUACACCUUACAAUUAAAUUUUUCAAAUUGUGUCGUGUGUACUAACAAAAAAAUAGAAUAAAUUGAACAGAAAAUUUAAAAAAAAAAUAGUGAAACCGUACAUCGAACAGUUCUAGAUAUUUUAAUUAACAAAAAAAUGUAAAGUAACUAGAAAUGUGAAUAUUUCAUUAAAAAUUAAAUUUAUUAAGGGAGGGAAGUUCAUUCAGAGAAAACAUCAUGAAAUACAAUUUUUUUAUAAUUUAAAACAAUUUUUAUUUUUUUGUAAAUAUUUUUCCAAUUAUUUUUUUAUUAAUUAAUUUUUUAUUUUAUUUAAUGAUUUUUUUUAUAUUAAAAAUAAUAAAAAUGGGGAUUUUUUUAAUUAUUAAGUUAAGUUCCAACUCAUGCUGAAAUAUUUUCUGUUGUUUAUAAAUAAAUAAAUAAAUU